ACCGAGCCCUGCAGGAGAGACCAGGGGUCAAGGCGUCCAGCCUGAGCUCUGGCUCCACGGGUUAGGCGCCUGACCAGACCCCUGUCCCAUCCCUCAUGGAGCAGAGAGGGGAGGAACCUAGGGAGGCAGAGGGAGGGUGGGCUGGGUGUCAGCGCUCUUGCGCAAGGCCCUGGCCCACCUGGCUGGGUACGCAGGACAGAGGAAGCGAAAUCACUUGGGGCUCGGGGAACAGGGAGCUCCCAGCGGCCGAGGAGGCAGCUCUCCCCUGGAUGCUCCGUACCUGGAGUGGCCCUGGCUCAGGCUCUUUGUUACCCGGUCACCGCGGAGCCCCGGGAACGUCCAGAGACCCGCCGCGUCUACUCGCGCAGUCUGGGCUUUGUCGCCCUCUUGCGGCCAAAGCACGUUUCUAGGGAGGCGGCGGGGGCGGCCAGGGCUGGCUGAAGGAUCCCCUGGGGGUCUGGAAGCCAAACCCUGGCUGCGACCCCGGGCUCAGGCAACCGUGGAGACAUCUUCUGGCCGCGGUUUCGGGUCGACGAGGCAGCUCCGCCGCCUGUGCGGGAGUGCGAGCAGCCCUCGGCUCGGUGGGUCGCGUGGACUGGAUGGAGCCUUCCAGCCGGCAUCCGCGCCGGAGAUCCCCCUUCCCCCGGCCUCAGUUUCCUCGUCCGCAGUGAGAUGUCCCAGCGUGCAGGAGGGACGGUGGGGCGUGACUCCCACAUCGAGGGAAGGGUGUCACCGCCCACACUGGCCAUCGGCCCGCAGGUCCUGAGCACUGGUGGCCGUGGGCAGACCACCUCUCCUCCCCUUUCUCCACCUCCACCUUCUCCCCCGGCAAACCGAGACUGGGUGGGAAUCCACGCGGGAAGCCCCACGGAGGAGGAGUUAGGGGAUUCUCUCCAUGCUCCCCGACUCCGCGUGGUUUGGCGGCUCCAUCCCGCCGGCUCUGCGCGGGACUUGGAGACCUGACAGCCCAGCCCCGACUUCCAGCAGGACGGUAGGGGUGCUCGGGCACAGGCUCCACCUUGUGGAAUCUUAGGGGCUGAAGCCACCCACGUGUGGAUUGUUGAGAUUAGCCUUCAACACUGGGCAGCCACAAACAUUCACGACCUUGACUUUCACAUACUCAAGGUUAAACUCCGGGUUACUGUUUGCUGAGGAGAAACUUCAAGCUUCCUUGUUUAAGGAUAAUAAUUAACGGCUGGGAGCCCACGCACUGAGGGGCUGACUUCAGCGAGGUGUCUGGGCAGCAUUUCAGAAAGAACCAAGGCGGGUGGGUGGGGAGCAACUGGUUGUUAAUCACAGCAGUGAUCAUGUCAGUAGAUGCAAAAAGGCAUGCAAUUCGCAACUGCUAAUAUUUUGUUUACUGUACUUUUCCUUAAAAAAUGCAUGCUUUAAAAGAAAAUUUUUAAACUUUUAAAAGUUCAGAGCAGCGGAAAUAAAACAAAAACCAAGCAUGAGCAAUAAAGAUAGUGCGGUAUCCUUUCUGGUGUAUGUGCUGUCACAGUCUGCCCGGAUGACUUCCUACUUUCAGGUGUAUGUUUCUAUGACGACAUAUAGCAUCUUUGGCAAGUCUGAUUUCGUUUUGGCCUUAAUCCAACUCCUGGAUUCACACAAGACCUGAGAAAUAAAAGAUUAAUCCGGCCCAGUGAACCCCGUGGUUCCACACCUCGCAGGGUCCACUGGGACGGACGCAUCUUGGCGCACAGGCCGGCCAGCCUCUCACGCUGUGGAUCCCCGGGCUGCAACGCGAGACUGGUUCUCUGGUCGGCGUUCCAAGUCACAGGCUCUGCCAGAACGGACAGAUGAGAGGCCUCCAGAGACUGGUUCAGGGUAGGAUCCUGCUCCUGACCAUCUGUGCAGCUGGCAUUGGUGGGACUUUUCAAUUUGGCUACAACCUCUCUAUCAUCAAUGCCCCAACCUUGCACAUUCAGGAAUUCACCAAUGAGACGUGGCAGAUGCGAACUGGCCGGCCACUGCCCGAUCACCUGGUGCUGCUGGUGUGGUCCCUCAUCAUAUCUCUGUAUCCCCUGGGGGGCCUCCUUGGAGCGUUGCUUGCUGGGCCCCUGGCCAUCAAGCUGGGAAGGAAGAAGUCCCUGCUGGUGAAUAACAUCUUUGUGGUGGCCGCAGCGACCCUGUUUGGCUUCAGCCGCAGAGCAGGCUCCUUUGAGAUGAUCAUGCUGGGAAGGUUGCUUGUGGGGGUCAGCGCAGGGGUGAGCAUGAAUGUCCAGCCUAUGUACCUGGGGGAGAGCGCCCCCAAGGAGCUCCGUGGGGCCGUGGCCAUGACCUCAGCCAUCUUCACUGCCCUGGGCAUCGUGAUGGGUCAGGUGGUGGGACUCAGGGAGCUCCUGGGUGGCCCACAGGCCUGGCCCCUGCUGCUGGCCAGCUGCCUGGUGCCGGGGCUGCUCCAGCUGGCCUCCCUGCCUCUGCUCCCUGAGAGCCCGCGCUACCUUCUCAUUGACCGUGGAGAUUCUGAGGCCUGCCUGGCAGCGCUGCAUCGGCUGCGGGGUCCAGCGGACCGCGGGGAGCUGGCGGAGCUGGAGCAGGAGCGCAUCGCCUGCCUGGGCCGCCGCGCACAGCGUCCUUGGGAGCUGUUCGGGAACCGAGCGCUGCGGAGGCAGGUGGCCAGCCUGGUGGUGCUGGGUGGGGCCAUGGAGCUGUGCGGAAAUGACGCGGUGUACGCCUACGCGUCCGCCGUGUUCCUCCAGGCGCGAAUCCCCCCAGACAAGGUCCAGUAUGCGGCCAUCGGGACCGGGGGCUGCGAGCUGCUGGCGGUGCUGGUCAGCUGUGUGGUGAUCGAGAAGGUGGGCCGGCGGAUGCUGCUGAUGGGGGGCUAUGGCCUGAUGACCUGCUGGGCGAGCAUCUUCACCGCAGCCCUGUGCCUGCAGAGCUCAUUCCCCUGGAUGCCGUACCUGGCCAUGUCCUGCAUCUUUGCCUUCAUCCUCAGUUUUGGCAUCGGCCCUGCUGGAGUGACUGGGAUCCUGGCCACAGAGCUGUUUGACCAGACGACCCGGCCUGCUGCCUACAUGGUCUGCGGGGUGCUCAUGUGGACCAUGCUGUUCGUGGUGGGGCUGGGGUUCCCCUUCAUCAUGGAGGGCUUGUCCCACUUCCUCUAUGUGCCUUUCAUCUGUGUCUGUGUCUGCAGGGCCGUCUACACUGGCUUGUUCCUCCCUGAGACCAAAGGCAAGACCUUCCUGGAGAUCGCUGAGGAAUUGCACAGACUCAACUUCCCCAGGUGGAGCCAGGACCCAGAGUGGAGGGGCCCGGGAGUCAUCCAGGCCACAGAGCUCUAGGUCGGCAGGUGUGGCUGGGGCCCAGCCAGCUGCUCUCCCCUCUGGCCCUCUCCAUUACUAAGCUCCCUCAUUCCCUCAUUUAAUGAGUGCCUGUUGAGCACCUACUAUGUGCAGACAUGGUGCUCGGCCGUCAGUGGUGACUCGGAGAGAUGGAAUUUGAGACCUCUUGGUGCUCCCUGUCUAGAGGCAGUUAACAGGAAACCACUAGAAACAAUUACAGGGAGUUCCCAAUGUGGCUCCAUAGGUUAUGAACCCAACUAGUAUCCAUGAGGAUGUGGGUUUGAUCGUGGCCUUGCUCAGUGGGUUAAGGAUCCAGCAUUGUCAUGAGCUGUGGCGUAGGUCUCAGAUGUGGUUCACCUCCCGCAUUGCUGUGGCUGUGGCCUAGGCUGGUGGCAGUAGCUCCGAUUUGACCCCUAGCCCGGGAACUUCCAUAUGCCUCAGGUGCGGGCUUAAAAAGCAAAAAAAAAUAUAUAUAUAUAUAAUAAUAAUAAUAGUAAUUACAAACUUGGGAUACGCAAUGGAAGAAAAUACAACUUGUGAAGGGUGUGUAUGCUGGGGAGUGUUUGAGAGGGGCAUGGUUAGGAAGGAAUUUUCAAGAAAUUGAUUUUUAAAAAGUCAACUUUAUUGAGCCAUGAUUUACAAACAAUAAAAUGUAUCCAUAUUAAGCAUACAUUUGAUGAGUUUUGACAGGUGUACAUACCCAUGAACCACCACCACCAUCAAGGUAGAACAUUCGCAUUACCCCGAAGUUCCUUCAUGCCCCUUUGCAGUCAAAACCCCACCCCGUCCCAGACCCCAGGCAGCCACAGACCUGCCUUCUGUCACCAUAGGUCAGAUUGGCCUUUGAAGAAUUUGCUGUCUUUUCCACACCACAUGUAUGCAUUUGUGUCUGGCUUCCCUCCAGAUAAAGCUUUUGAGAUUCAUGC